CUCUAUGGUAUUCUGGACCCGGUCACCCGGGACUGGACCGACGGGAUCCUGUCCAACAUCUUCCGGGACAUCAGCAAGCCCACGGACAAAAAGUGAACGGAGGUGGGAGAUCUGCAGCAUGCCUCCCCUGCACUGUGUCCCGCUGCGGGAUGGUCUUCAUGGACCCCAAGAACCUGCGGAACGCCCCCUACUGGCAGAAGUGGGUCAAAACCAGGGGCUCCAAGGAGCAGCCGGAGCUGGACAGGUUGUUUGAGAAGUAUGUCCCCAUGUGCAUCGACACGAUCGUGGAUGGAGUCAUGGAUGGCAAGCAGGAGGAGAAGCUCAAGACCAUCGUUCCCCAGACUGACUUAAACAUGGAAUUGCUGGAGAACAACAGGCCUGGCCACAAUGCCCAUGGAGGAAAGGACUCUCUUUGACCCCCUGCGAGAAAUCAGCGUGUUCGAGCAAUGGGUAGGAAUUGCCGAAAUCGAGGAUUUUAUGCGGCCCGUUCCCGAGGAAGCUUUGGACGAGAGCAGAACGUGUGCCGACACUGACGCUGUGGUGAAGGACGGCGAUGACGACGAUGAAGAGUGAUUAUUCAGUGAUUCAUGUAUGUUUCAUGGUCAGGCACACCUGACCAUGUCGACCACAGGUGCCUGAGACAUGCGAAAGCCAGAAGUUAAA